AUGUUUAAUAUAACCCAGAGAGUCAUAAGGGCACCACUUGCCACCCGUCAAUUAUCAAACAUUUCAAAAUAUUCAGAAAUUCCAAAUACAUAUAAUAAAAAAACUUCAUCAUGGAAACCAAAACAUAAAAAUCCAAAAGGUCUUAUUUAUCAUCCUGCACCUUCAGUAUCUUCACCAACUAUUGAAACACCUGAUUUAUUUUUACCACAAAAUGAUCCACGUAAAGGUUUAAAUUUUGGUGAAAUUAAUCCAAUUGAUAUACAGAAUGCACCAGCUUUAUCAAUACCAAAAAUUAAAAACUAUAUAUUAAAACCUGAAGAUGUUGAAGAAAUCCAAAGAUUAAGAUUAGGUGAACCUUAUAAAUAUACUAAAAAAGUGUUAGCCGAGAUGUUUAAAGUUUCAGAAUUAACAAUUAGUUUAGUUUCAAAUCAAUCCAAGGAAAGAUCAAAAGAUAUGAAUAAUAGAUUAGAAAUUAUUAAAGAUGGUUGGUCAAAAGGUAGAAAAUUCGCAAGAUCUGAAAGAGUUAAAAGACAAGCAUAUUGGUAUCGUAAUGAAUAA